UGCAAUCAGAUCCAUUUCUUGUUUUCACACGCUCCGCUCCCAUAUCCAAAGAAGACGAGGCGGGAGGGGGGAUCCGCGCGAGUGAGCCAUCGAGAGCCUUGGAGAACGGACCACGGUUCCGACCGCGACAGGGAUGUAUAGCAAACACCGACAGAAAGAUGGCCAAUUUUCAUCGCUACAAUGCAGACAUUCGCUAAUAAUGUUGUCGCUGUUACUUCUGAACGCCGUCCUGCAGAGCGCGAGUGGAGACAUUCGGGAACAAGAAUCCUCUGGCGGACGGACGGUGACGGCUCAGUGGCUCUCGCGAGGACGCAGCCGACGGGAUGCCGGGCCACACACACAGGACCUGUUUCCAGACAGGGGAGAGAUCGUGGUGUCGGCGCAGGACCUAGAACUGGUGCUACAGGUGGAGCGAAAUCAGGAGCUCCUCGGUGAAGACUUCACAGAGACCCAUUAUCAAGAGGAUGGAACUCCAGUGACCCUCACAUCCAAUCAAACAGAUCACUGCUUCUAUCAUGGGCGAGUGCAAGGUCACAUGGACUCCUGGGUAGCUCUCAGCACGUGUUCAGGAGUAAGGGGCCUGAUUGUCUUGAAUGAAAACGACACAUACUACCUGGAGCCCAAGGGAGGACAGGAGGUCAUCCAUCACUCCUUCUACCGCACCGAGGAGCUGCCCAUCCAGGGCGGCACCUGUGGGCACGGGCAUCAGACUGGACACCCCGGACUCAUCUCCAGUCUCAUUCAACCUUUGCAUCAAAGGGUGAGACGCAACGCCUGGGGCACGACCAAGUACAUGGAGCUGUACAUCGUGGCCGACAGCACCCUGGGGCGUGAUCUUCAAGGGUACCACCAUUGGCAUGGCACCACUGGAGGGCAUGUGCAGCCAUGAGAACUCCGGGGGCAUCAACGUGGACCACUCCGAGUUCCCCAUCGGCGCCGCCGCCACCAUGGCCCACGAGAUCGGCCACAACUUCGGCAUGAGCCACGACCACGAGGGCUGCUGCGUGGAGGCCUCGGCCGAGCAGGGAGGCUGUGUCAUGGCCGCCGCCACGGGGCACCCGUUUCCCAAGGUGUUCAGCCGCUGCAGCCAGAGGGAUUUGGACAGCUACUUCCAGAAGGGAGGGGGCAUGUGCCUGUUCAACAUGCCCAACAUGAAGGACCUGGUCGGGGGGAAGCGCUGCGGGAAUGGCUUUGUGGAGGACGGGGAGGAGUGCGACUGCGGGGAGGCAGAGGAGUGCACCAAUGACUGCUGCAAUGCCAACAACUGCACACUGAAGGCAGAGGCGGAAUGUGCUCACGGGGUCUGCUGCGAGGGAUGCAAGCUGAAGCAGCCGGGCACCAUGUGCCGCGGGCCAGCGGGGUCAUGUGACCUGCCCGAGUACUGCACGGGCGGCUCGCCGUACUGCCCGGCCAACGUCUACCUGCUGGACGGCUCCACGUGCCAGAGCGGCCACGCCUACUGCUACAACGGCAUGUGCCUGACCCACGAGGCCCAGUGCCUGCAGCUGUGGGGCUCCGGUGCCCGUCCUGCGCACGAUGCCUGCUUUCAGGACGUGAACGUGGCUGGCAACCCUUUUGGCAACUGCGGAAAGGACGCUCAGGGUAACUACGUGAAAUGUGACAAAAGUGAUGCCAAGUGUGGUAAGAUUCAGUGCCACAGCGCUGCCAAGAAGCCCAAGGGCACCAACGCCGUGUCCAUCGACACCACCAUCCGCAGGAAUGGCAUGGACGUCAAGUGCAGGGGCACCUACGUCUACACCACCCAGGAGGGGCAGGGCGACCUGCCAGACCCGGGCCUCGUCAUCACGGGCACCAAGUGUGGAGAGGGGAAGGUGUGCAAAGACCGCCGCUGUCAGAACGCCUCCUUCACCGAUCUGGAGAACUGCUUAGGCCGUUGCCAUGGACACGGGGUCUGCAACAGUAACGGAAACUGCCACUGCAACCGUGGUUGGGCACCCCCUUUCUGCGAGAAGCCAGGCCUGGGCGGCAGUUUGGACAGCGGGCCUGUCCAGUAUGACAGUCAGUUGGGCUUGGUCAUUGGGCUGGUCUUUGCCUUCCUGGUGCUACUCCCGGCCAUCCUGCUCUCCUUCUACUGCUUCGUGAUCAAGAACUCCUUCUACCACAAGUGGCUUUCACAAAGAGAGAAGACCAAGGCCAGCAGACAUGAGGCUUCCAUAGAGAAGGGGAAGAAUGGACACUUGAAUCCCGCCUUUCAUCUGAAGGUCGUCGCACCUUCAAACAAGGGCACCAACCUUAAGGGGAUUCCUCACACCAGCAAAGAAGUCCUUCCUCUCAGGCCAGGCCCCAUGCCCAACGGCUCGCAGCCGGUCAACGUGGUGCGUCCACUGCGGCCGGCUCCGUCUCCGCGCCCCUCUCCCCGGGACAUCAAGGGCCCGCGGCCGCUCCUCCCCGCCAGCAAGCCGCCCGCCGCACCCCCCAAGUCCCCCGCGCAUGCCCACACACACACCCACAAGCUCAGCCCGCCCAAGAAACCGCUGCCGCUCAACCCCACGCGCUCACCGCUGCUGGCGUCUGAGCUGCAGUCGCGCCACUCCCCGUCUCCUCCCCAGAGGCCCCUGCCAGUCAGCCCUGCCCGGGCCACCGUGCCCAAGCCCUCCUCAGGCAGCCUGCUGGUCAUGAUGCCCCCCGCCGUGGGGCCCAAGCCCGUGGGCAUGGUGACAGCCACGCCCCCUCUCAAAGCAUUCAGACCCGUACCUGGAGCGAAACCAAACACAGCCUCAUCGCCUUUCAGAAAAUGACCCCGGUAGGAACUCUGAGCUCUGGAGCAGAGACUGCAGUCAGCCUUAUUUGCACUAAAAUAAAAAAAAAACAUAAAGACCUUGUUUGGAGGCUGUUAGAAAAGAAAAACCCGGGACAGGCUCACUGUCCAACAGGCAUCCCUCCAGGAGAGGCCGAGUGGUACUGGGGUCGAGUCGAAGGCUCUGCAACCCCCCCCCCCUCCUCCCCCCACCACACGCUCCCAACGCUGACGACCCCACCGCGCUUGGCGAACGCGCCCGGCACGAGAGAAGACGCGGUUUUUGCACUCGGAAGACGCAGAGAUGCAGAACUGAGACAACGAAAUCAAAAUGUUUUUAGUUUGGAGGGUGGGGUAGGGGGUGGGGGGUGGAGUGGUCAUUUUACCAAAAUCUUGAUUCAAUCGUCAUUACGUUUACGUGUUUCGUGUAUCAGUUUCUUUGUAUUUGUCGUGUUUUUUUUGUUUGUUUUUUUUAAAUAACUGUCUUGUUUACAUUUGCUUUUUAAUGUUUAUGUAUGAUGUGCCAAAGACAGUUUUUGUUCAACUGUUCACUCAUUUUUUUUCCCAUGUGAAUUUUCUCAAGUGUAUGUUUGUUUUAAUUUGCAUCCUUACAUAAA